AGCUGCUCUUCUCCUCAAAGCAGAGGAAAGUCAGCGGCUCAUGUGUCAACAUCCAGGGUUUCCCCGGGGAGGUGUAACGUUAACGCUAUUCCAACAAAAAAACCUGAUGUUCCUUUGAAGCCCUUUUUGUAUCUGUUUCGUUCACCUGCUCGUCAUCGGAGGGAGGUGUUUCUCAACCCGCCUGCGAAGACCAGCACGCGCUCUCCGGCUCGCGCUGCCUCCACGCUAGCUAACGCUGUUUUAAACGAUGACAGAGUACAAAGUGCGAGUAGCGUCUCCUCUCAUUUAGUCACAUCUGGAGGACCUGUUAGCUUUAGCCAGCUAGCCCGGUGAUUCGAUAAAAACCCGAGGAACACAGCGGAACACACUGCUGACAUGAUGUUUCCUCAAUCAAGGCACUCGGCAUCCUCUCAGUCCAGUCAACCUCUCAAGUUCACUACUUCUGACUCCUGUGACCGCAUCAAGGAUGAGUUCCAGUUCCUCCAAGCACAGUACCACAGUUUGAAGUUGGAGUGUGAUAAACUGGCCUCUGAAAAGUCAGAGAUGCAGCGUCACUAUAUCAUGUACUAUGAAAUGUCCUACGGGCUGAACAUUGAAAUGCACAAACAGGCUGAAAUAGUGAAGAGACUGAAUGGCAUCUGUGCUCAGGUGCUGCCUUACCUGUCACAAGAGCAUCAACAGCAAGUCAUGGGCGCCAUAGAGAGAGCCAAGCAAGUCACGCCCCCUGAGAUGAACUCCAUUAUACGGCAACAGCUCCAGGUGCAACACCUGUCCCAGCUCCAGGGCCUGGCCCUGCCUGUGACCCCGCUGCCCCUGGGCCUCACCCCGCCCUCCCUGCCCGCCGUCUCCUCCAGCUCCGGCCUGCUCUCCCUCUCCUCCAUCCUGGCCAACUACUCCCAUGGCCAGGCCCAGGCGGUGAAGGAGGACAAGGCCCGGGAAGCCGCAGAGAGAGCGCCCCGAGGAGAGGACGGGGACAAGUCAGACUAGUGCAGACAUGGCAAGGAGGUUUGGAGGGGGGUUGUUGUGGGGCGAAGUGUCUAAAAAAAGGUAAAACUGUAAAUGGAGAUUGAUGUAAGUCUGGCUGCCUGUCUGCUGAGUGUUGAUGUAGAAGAGUAACUGCAGGGAUGAUGACAUGCAGAGAGGACAGAUUUUUGGAUGUGCAGAGAACGAAACUGCUUAACGGCUGAGAGUGAGAGUUAAAUGUUCCUAUUAUUUAGUGGUAAUAGACUCAGUUCAGGCUUCUAGACUUAAAAUAGAUGCUUUUUUUUUUUUUUUUUUUUUUUUUUUUUUUUUUUUUUUAGUGUAAGCCACUGUUGUUAGGCUUAACCAAGAUAAAUGUUUUCCCAUUUGGAGUGAGAGCUGAGGAUGAAAGCUAACAGCAGUGUCCCUUACACAGAUCAGCCUCUCACUGGUUUAUACUUCUUAAAUCUUUUUUUUUUGUUUGUUCAUGUCCUCCUCAGUCCCUCAGAGUUUUGUUUUUACUGGCCUGUCUGCCAGUCACAGUUAGCAAUUUAGCAACAUCUCGGUUCUCUCUGACUCCCGUCCCGCCACUCAAAGCGUACAACAGCGCCAUCAGGGUUUGUUUUUUUUCAAAAGGAAAACAUGUUGACUGGAGCUGUUUGAAUUGGGAUCCCAUUCAUUUAUUUACUUGGAGCCAAAUUGAAUCUUAGUCUGAUGUUAAAAGGGACAUUCAAACCCUUCAAACAUAAAUCACCUGACUUUUCAACAUUUUUUGCAUUUUCAUAUGACCAACCACUGGAUGCAUUAUCUUAGCUGUGUACCUCAAUCCCGAAUAAAAAGGGGGUUUAUUCAAUUAAAAACCUAUAGUUUGUACAAAUGUUAGUAUACCCAUCUUUAGGGUUUAAUAUUGUUUCAUAGGCCUAGCUGCUGCUGCUGCUACUGCUGCUACUGCUGCUACGCGCACUAUGUGGCAUGGACCCUGACUCAUCUUCAAAUGACAAGAAUUAAAGCUCUGAAAAAAAUUGACUUUAUUUUGACAUGAUGUUUUCGUGAGGGUAGAGAUGGGCUAAUUAGACAUUCAAAAUGUGUCUGCGUGUGCUUGAGUGAAUGUUGUCGGAAAGAAGAAAACACUUGUUUAAUUUAACUACAUUUUUUUCUUAAAGCACCUUUUUUGUAUUUUUCUUCACACCACCCCCUGCUCCUGCCUGUUCCUCGAACUGGUCCACCCUUUAACUGACCAAGACAAACUUGAACAGGAUCUAAACUUCAGAACCAGAUGGUCGUAAAAGACAUACGAGUACUGUAUUUCUGUAAGUUAGAAGAGCACUUCAGUUUAUACUGAGACUGUAUCAAGCACCUGUCUUUUCCUGUCUUGUUUAACUUGUGUGUGAUUGUUAGGGGAAGAUCCCCUCCUUUUUUUCUUUUUUUUUUUCUCGCUUUGUUUUUAUGACGAAUGUGUUUGGGUAAGGUUGCUAAAGCUCUGUUGGCAACAUCAACCAAGCGUUCCCUCAGAAAACAGUGUAUUAAAAUUAGAUUCCCACAGUCAGAA